AUGACCGACUCGGUACUGUCUAAACAGGGUGGGCGGCUGAGUCGUGCAACAAAGCGCGGUGGCCACGCACACGACCACGUGCGUAGGCGGAGAACUUUUCAUCCAGGGCGGGACGAGGCAGUGGCGCCUUCGGCGGAGGGGGCGGCUGCGACUUUGGCACAGGCUGGGGCACACGAGUGGGGACCUGUGGGACGGAAGUCGAGGUCCCCACUCAUGUGCCCAGCCUGUGCCAAAGUCGCAGCCGCCCCCUCCGCCGAAGGCGCCCCUGCCUCGUCCCGACCUGGAUGAAAAAAUGACUGCUCUGCCGGCGAACGUGGCUGCCAGCCUGACGACAGCCCUUGAGAAGCUGAAGAAUGCUGCACCAGCCGUGGACUUGGAGGCGUCUGGUGAUCAGGGCAAUGGUGCAACAUUCUGCUGA